UGCAUGUCCUUGUAGCCAGACGGAGUGGAAGAACCUUUCUUGGAGCUUUUCCCGGGGACAUCCUGAGAUCGUUCACUAUGAGGUGUACUGCGCGGGAGUGGCUCGGAGUUACCGCAGUGCUAUUCAUGGCCAGAGCAAUUCCAGCCAUGGUGGCUCCUAAUGCCACUUUAUUGGACAAACUUUUGGAAAAGUACAUGGAUGAGGAUGGUGAGUGGUGGAUGGCAAAGCAAAGAGGGAAAAGGGCCAUCACGGACGAUGACAUGCAGAGUAUCCUGGACCUUCAUAAUAAGUUACGAAGUCAGGUGUAUCCAGCAGCCUCUAAUAUGGAGUAUAUGACAUGGGAUGUAGAACUGGAAAGAUCUGCAGAAUCCUGGGCUGAAACCUGUUUGUGGGAACAUGGACCUGCAAGCAUGCUUCCAUCAAUUGGACAGAAUUUGGGAGCACAUUGGGGAAGAUACAGGCCCCCAACAUUUCAUGUACAAGCAUGGUAUGAUGAAGUCAAAGACUUUAGCUACCCAUAUGAACAUGAAUGCAACCCGUAUUGUCCAUUCAGAUGUUCUGGUCCUGUAUGUACUCAUUAUACACAGGUGGUGUGGGCAACAAGUAGCAGAAUAGGCUGUGCCAUUAAUUUGUGCCAUAACAUGAACAUCUGGGGGCAGAUCUGGCCCAAAGCUGUCUACUUGGUGUGCAAUUAUUCCCCAAAGGGAAACUGGUGGGGCCAUGCCCCCUACAAACAUGGCCGUCCCUGUUCUGCUUGCCCACCUAGUUUUGGAGGAGGCUGUAGAGAAAAUCUGUGCUACAAAGAAGGAUCAGAUAGCUAUUACCCUCCUCAAGAAGAAGAAACAAAUGAAAUUGAACGGCAGCAGUCACAAGUCCCUGACACCCACAUCCGGACAAUAGCAGAUGAUAGUAACAGAAACGAAGUCAUAAGCACACAGCAAAUGUCUCAAAUUGUUUCUUGCGAAAUAAGAUUAAGGGACCAGUGCAAAGGCACAACCUGCAAUAGAUAUGAAUGCCCUGCCGGCUGUUUGGAUAGUAAAGCUAAAGUUAUUGGCAGUGUACAUUAUGAAAUGCAAUCCAGCAUCUGUAGAGCUGCAAUUCAUUAUGGUAUAAUAGACAAUGACGGUGGUUGGGUGGAUAUCACUAGACAAGGAAGAAAACAUUAUUUCAUCAAAUCCAAUAGAAAUGGUGUUCAGACAAUUGGCAAGUAUCAGUCUGCUAAUUCCUUCACAGUCUCUAAAGUAACAGUUCAGGCUGUCACUUGUGAAACAACUGUGGAACAGCUCUGUCCUUUUCAUAAGCCUGCUUCACAUUGCCCAAGAGUAUACUGUCCUCGGAACUGUAUGCAGGCAAAUCCACAUUAUGCUCGUGUAAUUGGAACUCGAAUUUAUUCUGAUCUGUCCAGUAUCUGCAGAGCAGCUGUACAUGCUGGCGUGGUUCAAGAUCACGGGGGUUAUGUUGACGUGAUGCCUGUGGACAAAAGAAAGAUUUACACUGCUUCUUUUCAGAAUGGAAUCUCCUCAGAAAGUUUACAGAAUCCUCCAGGAGGAAAGGCAUUCAGAGUAUUUGCUGUUGUGUGAAAUGGAACAGUUGGAGGAGGAACACUAUUCCAAAUGCCAUAUUUCUGAAGUUUGUAUAAAACUGUAACAUUACUGUACAGAAGAUAUCAACUAUUUUCAACCCCCCCAUGAGUGUCAAAUGCAUAUAAAUUGUGAUAGACUACAUCUAUAAAAUAAAACAUGGGACA